AUGUGGAAAUCCGAUUCGGUGACUUCGUUUUCACAUAGAAAUGGCAAACAUUCUAGUACAAUGCACCUCCCUCAAAGGCGCCCAUCUCAAACUUCCAUGCUAAAACGAGCACUCAGUUUUCAACUCUUGAAUAGAGACGAUGAGUUCAUAGAACCUGAAGUGCGUGAUUAUAUCAAAAUGAGAUAUAAAGACACAUCCAAGUUUAUAAUAUGGAAGUCCUGUCACUUUGAACCACCUUUGAGAGAAGAUCAUGAGAACGAAGAAGCAGAGCGUCCAAUUAGAAAAGAAGUGAAACCAACAGACCCCAGAGCCAUUCUGUUUCAAGCUGACAUGGAAGAUGAAAAAACGCCAUACUUACCUGCUACCAUCAAUAGUGUUCUUAGGAGUGAUUCGGAAGAUUCCAGUUCGGAUGAGUCAGUAAUUUACAUGACGAGGUUGUAA